UUCCGAGCACAGCAUGCACCAGGCUGAGAGUGUUGCUGCCUUGAGAGCUUCUCACUGGUGUUUACGUGCCAAACCCUCAUGCUACAGGGCUGCAGACCAUGGCCUCUACCCUGCAGAAGUUCAUUCAUUCUCUGGACCUCAGAGCCCUUCCCAGGGUCCUCCAAAUCCAGUCAGGCAUCUAUUGUCAAGACUCCGUCUAUGAGAUGUUUGGAAAUGAAUUCUCCCUCUCAACAGAAGAUGUCAUUAAAGUUAUUGGCUUCAAAAUUAAUAAACUCAUAGCAAGUGUCUGUGAGAAUAAUGAAGUCAGCCAGUUUUCAGCCAAAGUGGAAUUACCACUAAAUUUUCCUGGUCUUUAUAAGGUUGUGGCAGAUAAGACUCCAUAUGUCAGCAUUGAAGAAAUUGCAAGAAAAGUCUCCAUUGGGCCAACAAGGUUUGGCCAUCCUUCUUUCUACAGUGCCAAGGAUAUAAAAUUGGAACAUUUCACUAUCAAACAUGAUGAGCAGAUCACCUUCAACUCAGUGGAGGAGGUCCAUGGGAUGACGGCUGUGAACUGUGUCAUGGUCAGAAAUAACCAGUCUCAUUCCUUCACUUUGCCCCUUUCGCAAGAAGGAGAAUUCUAUGAGUGUGAAGAUGACCAGAUAUACACCCUAAAAGAGAUUGCAGAGUGGAAAAUCCCUAAGGGUAGAAACCGGAUUGUUAAACUUUCCACUACUUCACAUAUGUGGGACUCCUCUAGUCCACUUCCUGAGAAUUUUGAUGGCUGUCUGAUUCUCAUGCCUGUCUACGAAGUGCAGGCAGUAAUGAAAUUUCGAAAGGACAUAAUUCAUAUCCUCUCAGAUCUGGAUGUUGAGGUCAAGGAUGUAACAGACCAUUAUGAUAUUAGCUCUUUCCUUCAGCCACUUUCUUUGGAAGAUAUAUUUGAGAGAACAAGCAAAGAAUUUCCUGUGGUUGCUGAGAUAAUGGAAGGGCCUUCGGGAAACCAAAAACCUUAUAACUUAUUGUCUACAGGGAAAGAGAUUGUCAUCUACAAAAAGUACCAGACAGCAAGGGUCCUAGCCUCUGAGAUGAGAAGUGAUUCCUCCAAAAGACAUUAUUUAAUCCCUAUGAGCUACAAAGGAAAGUUCAAGAGAAGACCUCGGGAGUUUCCAACUGCCUAUGACUUAGAGAUAGUGAGAAAUGAAAAAGAACAUCUUCAUGUUGUAGCAACUAAAACCUUUACUUCCCCUCAUAAAGAGCUUUUUUCUGUUUCAGUUGGAGAUCAAUUUCUAGUUCAGCAAUGCCAGACAAGUGAAGUUCUGUAUGAGGGAAGAAAGAAACUCAUAGAUGUUUUAGCUUGUGAGCAAAUACUAAGUGAUUCAUAUAAAAAAGUGCUCCUCCCUAUGUACAUGGAAGGUGGCUUUGUGGAAGUGAUUCAUGACAAGAAACAGUACCACCUCUCUGAGAUUUGCAAAGAAUUCCAUUUCCCUUUUAAUGUCAAAGUGUCCGUGAGGGACCUUUCCAUCGAGAAAGAUGUCUUGGCUGCUGCACCUGGUCUGCAGUUAGAAGAAGAAAUCACAGACUCUUACUUGCUGAUCAGUAGUGCCAGCAGUCCAGUGGAGAGCUGGGAGAUUCCUGUGUAUCGCUUAAACAUGUUGGUCCGUUUGCUCAGCAAAGAUGUCCAGACAGUUGCACCGCCUGUGACUAGGACAACAGUGGAAGAAGUCAGUGAAGAGGAAUACUAUAUGUUGAGAAGAUAUGAAAACCUAACCCUUCAUCCACCACCCAGGCCUCCCAAAAGGCCAACAACAGCACCACCACCACAUACUUUUGCAGUGCCUAAGCAAUGUGUGUCUGAUGUACAGGCUCCAAAGAAUUUCUACGUAGACACCACCAAGAAGUUGUGCUCAGAUCGAGAUGCUGCUGUUUUGGAAUUGCAAGUUAGUUGUCAAAAUGAUUUGGUGCAUUGUGAGAAUAAGGACAUGACUGGGAAAGCUAUGCCAGUGGAAACCACUGUGACUAAAGGCCUAGCAAGAAACUAUGAGGCAGAAGAGGACGAGGAAGAAGAGCAUGACUACAGCUAUAUUGAUGAAAACAUAAUUGAAAACAUAAGAAAAGUAUUUCAUGGCACCAGCAUUAGAAAUGAGCAUACACUUUCCAAAGGAAGAAGAGACAUCUGAAGGAAAAUAAUUCUGAAAUUAACUGGAAAGAAGUAGGAAGCUGUGUCCUCUGCACAUCAAGAUUGACCACAACUGUAAGAAAAAGCUGCUCAUGAAAGUGUCCUUCUUGACUCAUGGAGAGCAUACAAGGCUGUAAUUUAGCUAUAAUAAUCCCCUGCAAAACUAAAGUGCUUACUUGUCCCAAAUAAGAAGUCAAACCAGCUAAUGUCUCAUGACCCUUUGAAGGGACAAAGCUCUUCUGCACAUAUUUAUUAGUGAAUUCAGAGAACGAUGCCAAGUCCAAUCCUUCAUUCUUAUUGUGCCUGAAAUUCCGGUUAUUUCCUGAACCUCUGCAGGGCAUAUGCAAAAGGAACAUCCCUUACUGAAACAGUUGCAUGGUUGCUUCCUUUGAGUUUUGGUUUUGGGCUUGUUUUUUUGGUUUUUUUUGGUUUUUUUUUUGUUUUUUUUUUUUGAGAAGGAAAGGGUAAUAAAGGAUUGUCUAAGGUGGACAUUCAUUUCUAUAGCCAGUCUUACUUGCUCCAGGUUAAGGCUCAAAACUGGAAAUGACCAGAUUUUGCCACUUUUUCACAUGAUGAACAAAAUGCAGUUACCACCAUUGCACAACAUGUAAUCUGCCCUGGAAAGCAAAGCCACUCCUCUCACAGGGCCAGGGAGUGCCUAAAUUAUGUAGCAUUGCCAUCUCCAUAACCCCUUGUACUGCUAAUAUCCAGAAUCACACUAAAGCCAUUAUAUUCAGCAAUUUGCUGACAAUGCAGCCACGAAUGGUGGACAGAAGCUGGAUCUGAAGAAUUUGUGUCCAAGCCAGACCUAUCCUAGGAUAGGUCCAUAACCCUCUGGCAGUGAUUUGACUUCCAGGCAAAACUAUCAAGAACUGAUAUGUAAACACACAAUUGAUGUGCCAGGGGUUUCCAGAGCCAACAGCAGCUUGAUCAGAGUUGCAUAUCCAGAAAUCAGCAGGGUGGAGAAUGGGAAUAUGUUUAGAAAGCCUGGACACACCCUAUUUCUAGUUCUGAAUAUGUUUAGAAAGCCUGGACAUACCCUAUUUCUAGUUCUAUUGAGGAGCUAAAAAGCAAAAACUCCAAAAAUGCCUUAGUAUACUUUAAAGCAAAAGUCGUUUCAAGCAGACAGUAAAGUGUCUUCAGACUUGUUUAUUAAAAUUCUACUGAAUGGUUAAUUUUCACUAAUGCAAAUUAAUUUAGGAUUUCUUAAUAUUGUCUCACAUUAAUUCAUUCAAUAUAAAUGUUCAUCCUCAUUAAAAUCAGUUUCAAUUUAAGUAUUAAGAAUAUCGUUUGGAGUACUUUGAUUCCAUGCAUAUGUAGCAUGCAAUGUUUUUCAUAUCACUGGUUAAUACAGCUUGCAGGUGUGCACAAAAGUGGCUGUCACAUCACUUGUGGGUAUUUUAAAUACAUAUUAAGCAUUUUUUAAAAAAUCUGUAUGUCUCUUUUGGGAGCUCAAAACAGUCCCAUUUGUUUCAGCAGCCUGGUAUUUGAAUAAAAGAAUUUUUUUUUUUUGAAUUCUACUGAUUUUUUUCUACUUUGCUACUGAACGUGAUGUUGUCCUCUGCUGGAUUUCUGAAAGGUAUGAUAUGUUACUACCAUGAUUUCCUUCAGUAAAGUACUAGAUUUCCAUAGAAGAAAGGAGGAGAGGAAAGCCAACAGCCUUCUGGGCUGCAGUGGCAGGAUGGGCCAGCAGGCAGAAAGACCUGCAACUCUUCUCUCUGCUCAGCACUGGUGAGGCCACAUCUGGAUUACUGUGUCAGUUCUGGGCUGCCUGGUGGAAGAAAGUUGCAGACAUACUGCAGUGGGUGCUACAAAAGCCUGUGAGGAUGGUUGAGCACAUGGAGUCUGACAUAUAAGGAGAGGCUGAAAUAGCCUAGAAAAAACAAAGUGUCCUCUAGUUGCUGUAAGUGUUAGCAUGGGUGUGAACAAAGUGGGAUGCAGUAACUUUCCCAACAAACCUAAGAUUCUUUCGGAUAUCCUACAUCGGCAUUUGGGAUCUAGUGAAAAACCCAAAGGCUUAUCAACUCUUCCUGGAUGUUCUCCCCUUCAAAAUGCUUCCAAAGAAGCAUUUUCUCUUCUUUCCAGAGAUCCUCUCAGGUAAGGAGCCUGGUUCUGUCACCCUUGUCAUGGGAUGCAAUUCUGUCUUAUAUAUUCAACUUCACAGAGUUUCAUUCUUCUGAGCAAAGGUGGCAGUUUUAUGAACUCUGUAAAUAUAUAAGUAGCAGAGAUGUCUCCCUCUUUUUUUCCUCAUGUCCUAUGACAGAAAUGGCAGCUAUCCUGGCUGUACAGUUUACAUGACACAGCAGGACAAUGCCAUUUGCAUUCAGUUCUGGAUGAAAGAGAGGACAUGGUGCUCUCUUGUUCUGUGAAGAAGGGGCAUCCAAUCUUGCUGGGGAAAGCAGAGGGGAGGAAGGAGACAUGAAGAAAGAUCCUAAUAAAAGGUUUGUGUUCAAUAUUAGACUUAAUAAGCAUUGUGGUUCCCUUAUGGCAUACAGAUGACCACAGUGAUUUCAUACUGUUUGCUAAUAUAUGUUUGACAAAGCUAUAAUGUUGUGGCAAUCCUUGAGGGACAUGGUUAUCACUCCCAGACAUUAAUGCUCAAGAAGACUGCAUUCAGGAAGGGAAAGCCAUUUUUAGCUGAACACAGACCACAAUUGCUAUGCCUGAAGAGAAUACAAGUGUAUUUAAAUAAUAAGAUAUUUGCUUUGCAAAAGAUUGGCAUAAGCUUUUGCACAGACUUGUUAGCUUAAAGGCUUAUCUCUUUUAAUGCUAAGAAGUAUUUCCAGUGAGUUCUCACUGAGGACCUGAUCAGAAGCAGCUGUUUCCACAGCACUCCAUGUGUGCAUAAGCCCUUAGUGAGACAGAAUUUUCUGUUUGGAUGAUUAACAUGCACAUUUUUUUAUAUAUCCAGUCUUUGUGCCAGGGAAGAUAAGAAGAAUCUUCUCCCUGCAUUCUUCUUUAAACUCCCAAACUCUUUUGUUUAAAGGACACAUGUCACAGGCACACUUAUCUUCCACAAUGCUCCCAAUAAGAAGCCACUGUUUAUUCACUUAACACAUAUUAUAUAUUUCCUACCCCUUCUAAGACUGCCCAGGUGUUUUCCUUACAUUUUUAGACUUUGAUGCACCUUUACCAUGUAAAUUCUCAACUUCCUGACACCAUGUUAAAAUUGAUAGUCUCUGAAGAGAAUGUUCUCUUGCUUCUACUUCAUGUGAAGUAGUGGCAGGUUUUGCUGUUUGUUUUUUUUUUAGUUUUCCUCCUUUGUUUUCUUAAUGUAUCUGUGUGCUGGGAGUGUUCUUGUGCUUUGGAAUAAUAAAUCUCUUUGAUAAACUUA